CAAUCCCAGGCUAGAUCCUGUUAAGCACUCUUUAGAGAUGCAUGGCCUCAAAGUGAAGACGAAACCUGCUGCAGACCAGAAGUUUCUAGGAUACUGCCGAAAGGUUGAAAAAAUUCUGUUGUCCUCUUCAGGCAACUUUGACCUUUGGGUUUGUCUAUCCCAUGAGGAACUCAAGCAGAAAUUAUGAACAUGGCCCAUUUUCCAAAUCAUUCUGUGCUAAGUGGUCUUGUAGCUGUCUUCUUCCUUCAGCUGCUCACGGUGAUCUCAGCUCAUUUUACUGUGAUUGCACAUACUGAGCCUCUUCUGGUAAUGGCAGGGGAAGAUGCCAUGUUACAUUGUCACCUCUUUCCUAAGAAAAGUGCUGAGCAAAUGGAAGUGAGGUGGUUCCGUUCUCAUUUCUCUCCAGCUGUUUAUAUAUAUAAAUAUGGGAAAGAAAGAGAUGAAGAACAAAUGGAAGAAUAUCGAGGCAGAACAACAUUUGUGAGAGAUAAUAUUAAAGCUGGAAAUGUUGCUCUGAAAAUACACAAUGUCACAGUUUUUGAAAAUGGAAGGUAUCACUGCUAUUUCCAAGAAGGCAGAUCAUAUGAAGAGGCCUUUAUAGACUUGAAAGUGGCAAGUAUGGGCUCAGAUCCCUUCAUUAAAAUUAUAGGUUAUGAAUAUGGAUGGAUACAACUAGAAUGUACAUCAUCUGGAUGGUACCCACAACCUUGGGUAGAGUGGAGAAAUCUUACGGAACAUACAAUUCCAUCCUUGGAGGAACAUCUGGCUCCCAGUGAAGAUGGGAUGUUUGUUGUGAAUUUGUCUGUGGUUAUCACAGAUCACACAAUAGUUAAGGUGUUCUGUUCCAUUAAAAAUCCCCUUCUCAGCCAAGAGUUGUUGACAAUGAUGUAUAUUCCAGAAACUGUUUGGGUCUCUACUUCUAUGCCCUCUGAGAGCCCUUCUGAGCUCCUAGAUCCAACAACUCCUGGACCUGAAAAGGUUUCUACCUGGAUGGUUGCUCUUGUGGCCUUGCUUGCUACUGGACUUUUUAUUACUUGUAGUUUUUACUUGUAUUUCAUAUGGAACCGACACAGGAGGAAAAAGACACUAUUUAUAGAAAAAGAAAUCGAAUGUGAAGAAAAAGAGAAAGAAUAUGAUGAAAGGGGGCAAGAACAUAUGGGAAAAGAGGGAUCGAGCAACCUGACAGGAUGGAGAAGGACCCAGUUACAUGCUGCUGAUGUGACUCUGGAUCAAAACACAGCUCAUCCUGAACUCUACCUCUCUUGGAAUUUGAGAAGUGUGAUACGAGGGAACACACGGCAAGAUCUACCUGACAACCCUGAGAGAUUUGACUGUAGACCUUGUGUUCUUGGUCAUGAAAGCUUCACCUCAGGGAGACAUUACUGGGAAGUGGAGGUAUCAGAUGUCAUGGUGUGGGCCCUUGGAGUCUGCAGAGAAAAUUCUGAGCGAAAGGGGGAGGCCCUACUAAUACCUCAAAAUGGAUUCUGGGUUAUUGAAUUGUUUGGAAAUAGAUACCAGGCCCUUACCUCCCCUGAUAUCCUCCUCCCUUUGCCUGAGCAACUCCACCGGGUGGGAAUUUUCUUGGAUUAUGAGGCUGGAGAUGUAUCUUUCUACAAUAUGAUUGGCAGAUCCCACAUCUAUACUUGCCCUCGCACCUCUUUCUCUGGACCUCUCAGGCCUUUCUUCAGACUUGGCUCUGAUGACAAUCCUUUGGUUAUCUGCCCAGCAUUCACUGGAGCUGAGGGAAUCACUGUGCCAGAGAGUGGCCUAAUCCUUUAUAGAAGACCUCACUGACCCUUUGAUGAUGAUGAAAGGAUUGCCUUUAGUCUCUGGGCUUCAAUUGCUUAUUAAAGUUAUUUUAUCAUAUACCUUUUUAAUCUGUUCAGAUCUUUUAAGAAAGAUUCCCUUUCCUUCUUUCCUUUUUACUCUGACCUUCUUCCCCACCUUGUUUCCUUCCUGAGCUAUAAGUGCUUCCAUAAUCUAACUGCUUUCCUAUUUCUAAUAAGGUAAGCAGGCUUGUGAACAUUAUGAUUCAGUUGCACAAGAAAUUUCUUAGCCAUGCAGGGAGAUAUGUUGGGGAGAAGAGGGAUAGUGAAGGGAAGAAGAGGCAAACUUUAAAGUUGCUAAACUGAGAUAGGGAUCGAAAAGAUCAAAAGAAAAGACAACAGAAUCAGAAUUUGGGUUCUGGAUGAAACAUCAGUGAUUGACGGGGGAAUAAAAACAUAGAACCUCUUAGAAAUAAAGAAAGGAGAAAGAUUAGAGACUUAGUUCAACUUUGUUGGGCAUAGGAAUAGAGAUCUUGGAAAGAUGUGAAAUCAAUAGUGUCAGCUAUGAUUCUAGAACCAUUCUUUAAAAUUUUAAUUUGAUCCUAUAUCCGCCUUAAACCAAAGGUCUAUAAUCUGACUUCAAGAGAUCUAUGGAUAGAUUCAAGUGGUCCAUGAACCUGGGGGGGAAAAUACAUUUUUGUUUCAAUAUAAUUUAUUUCUUUUAUAAUAUUAUAUAUUUUGUUUUAUGCAUUUAAAAAUAUCAUCCUGAAAAAAGGGGUUCAUAGGCUUCAUGAGAUUGUUGGGUGAAUGAAGUUUAAGAAUCACUACCCUAAAACUAUUAGUCCUACAUUUCCCAGUAGCUAUGAGCUCCAUAGUAAAGGAACCUCAUCUUUAUAGCUCCCCAGAAACUAAGAAAAAUGUUUUUGAAAAAAAUAUGAAGGAUUUGAUAAAUCUCAGCUAGGACUGUUGUAACUUAAAAUGUAAGAAGGAAAGUUUCUGGAUAACAAUUCAGGAAUCAGGAGAAUGCCAUAAUCUAUCUCUGAGACACAAAAGUGUCUUUCAUAGCUUCUGACCUUAUGAGUAUACUCUGGUCCUCACUGCAUAAGUCUGGCUGCUAUGUCAUCCCCUCAGGAAUUCACAAAAUAACCCUGACGUAGUUUUCUAUGCCACUGGCUCAAGCUUCCAUUACCAUGCUGACAUCAUUGUUAGGAGCCAGUACCUAGUCUCUCAUUUCCACUGAUAGGCUUUUACAAAAAAGUAUAGUUACUUCAGAGUUACAAGGGGAAAAAAAGCAUGCAAAUACCCUUCCCACUCUAAUACCUUGACAGCAUACUAUCUCUAUACCACCUUGAUCUGGGUAUGGGGAGGAAUAAGCUCAACUUAGUAUAUACUUCCUAUAUAAAUUGAUUCCAAGUUCAUGUCCAGGUGUAGUAUAACUGCCAAAUAAAGCACUGGGCUAGAGUCACAAAAACACUAAGUAGCUCUUCUGGUUCCCCAAGAUAUUGAUACUACACUAGCUAUAGAUCUUAUAUUCUGGAAUAUCAAGAUUACCAGAUCAUCUUUCAAAUUCAUUAGGUCAUGAGAGUCAUUCCUUUCAUCUAGAACAAAUGCAGAGGCCAAGAACAGAGGCCCAUUUCCCAGGGACCAUGCGGGCUCAUAGGGGAGAAAGUCUCAGCCCAGAAACUAUGAGGAGUCAUCAAAAUCCGCCAACAACAAAGUUUUCAUGAUUGACUAACUAGGACUAGUUAAAAAAUACCUGAUUUCUCCAAGACACUUCUUUUUCAACAUCGCAACUUUUUUUUUAAACCAAAGACUAUGACAUAUUUAUUUUGUGCUCCACCUAAUUAUUUUCCUUUAUGUAUUUCUAUCACAACUAUCAAUCCAUUCAUUCCCAGGGUCUAAGGAAGAAAGAAGAGAAAAGAAAAAAAAUAAAGGAGAGGAAGGAGAGGAAGGAGAGAGAGAGAGAGAGAGAGAGAGAGAGAGAGAGAGAGAGAGAAAGGAUCAUUAAAGAAUGAUUUUUUAAUGCAGAGAAUAGAACAGAAAGAAGUCCACAGAGAAGUAUAGACAAAAACAACCCUGAAAGCUACAGAUUGAACCAUAUAUUAUAGUUCUGCAGUUUCAUGUACUACUCUUCCCCAGCUUUCUCAACAAUGUUCCCACACUAGGUACCUUCUUGCCCUCCCCUCUCCUGUUUUCCAACUUCGUUUUAAUUCCUCAUUUUAAUGUAAGCACCUUAAAGGCAGAUAUGGUCUUUCUGCUUGUAUUUGUUUUAUAGAACUGUAUCUAGUAUGCACUUAAUACAUUUUGUUGAUUUUUUUUUUACAUUCUAUUAGGUAUUUGGAAAUGCUUAUUUUAUUUUAUAUUUAUUAAGUUCAGAAUAAAAAUAAAUUUUUAGAAAAGUAACAUAAUGACACAAUUUUUGAGAGGACAGUGAAAGUAUGGGAGGGAUAAAUUUUGACCUUGAGUCAAAAUAUAUAGGACUUUGAUGAAAUAAAACCAUAGAAUUGUAUGUUAAAUCCAGGAAGGAUUUCAAAAUUUAAUUUUUAGUUAAGAUGAACCUGAAAUUCUUCCUAUGGAAAUAGCAGCUCCUGCAGGCUACUCAAAUCCUAAGCUGUAA